AUGAAGAUUACCGGCACUCAAGCCUUCAAGUACCUCACUUCAAAAAUCCACCCUCCCCUUCCCCGUACCCCACGCGAAUCCGAGCAGUUGCUCUCAAUCUUGACAUCCUCGUUUCGUCGCCAACUCGACCGUGAGCACCCGCCCGUGCAGUCAGAGGAACCACAGACCGUCUCCAAACCAGUCCGCUCUAUCAAUGCCGAUCAGCAUCUAAGUUCGAUCCUGAACCACCCUCUCUUCAGCACCAUCCCUCAGCAACCAAGAACCAGGCAACAGGAUGCUCAGUCACAGGCACCAGUGGAGGACCCUAUACUGGUGUUAGAUCGUGCCAUAGCCUCAGGUAUUGCCGAUGCCAGUACCGUUCAUGAAUGCCUCCGUCUACACCGGCUCCAACUAGAUGGAAUGCCACGGGAGACGAGGCGCGCUAGGAUGAGUGAGUCAAACGUGGAUCGCUUGAUCCUUUCCUGGCUGUCAUCCACAGAUCAGCUAUCGAGAAGGGACUUUUUCCGUAAUCGGGAAAUCGUCCAAUCAGUAAUGCCGUACAUGGUCAAUGCACGCCAUCAACCUACCGUGAUGAAAUGGUUAGACGAAAUCCGACGUGAGGUCCCAUGCACUCCCAAUUUCAAAAAGGUUUUCACGCAUUCGCCCCAAUAUAUCGUUCUUGAAUCAUAUAUCUCAGCCGAGUGCAGCUGGGGCGAGGGGAUUGUCGCCGCAUUGCGAUUCUUGAUGGAAGCGUGCGGUGCCCCCGUGCGUGGUGAUUAUAGCCACCUCCCGCCUUACAUACUAUCUAUUGCUUCGCGUCUAGCUCGCCGGAUAUGCUCGCUCCCUGCAUCGCAAAUCAAGAGCAUUCCGGUUCAAUUGUUCGAUGAUUUCAGUGAGAUAUUUCAGGAUGUGGGAGAGCCAGCGAUCCAGGUCAGAAGGUAUUUUUGGAAAGCAAAACUAGGCCUGUAUCGCCCAAUCGAUCCCAACCCAAGUUUUGCCAUUAAACACGCCGAAAUAUUCUCUCAGGCCCGAAUACCUCCAGAUCGCCACUCCUCGGCACUUCUACAAUUGUAUCUCGAAGCUGCUCAACUCUGUAUCAAGCAAGACAAACAUGCUCAAGCAUCACGGCUCAUAUCGGUGGCGAAGAAACUCUUGCCGGAUGGAGAAUCCGCUGUGGCAGCGCAGCCUAAGAACGAUAAGGAAAAACAGGACUUUCUCCCCUUAGUCAACGCCAUAGAAAACGGUUUACUCCCCACCUUGGGGUAA